AGGCGCUGAGCCGGCGGAGCGCGGAGCGGGCGAAGGAGACGGGCGGCGCGAGCCCGCACCCUUCCGCGCGGUGCGCCGCGACACCAUGGAGCCCGCCGUGUCGCUGGCCGUGUGCGCGCUGCUCUUUCUGCUCUGGGUGCGAGUGAAGGGGUUGGAGUUCGUUCUCAUCCACCAGCGCUGGGUGUUCGUGUGCCUCUUCUUGCUGCCGCUCUCGCUCAUCUUCGAUAUCUACUACUACGUGCGCGCCUGGGUGGUGUUCAAGCUGAGCAGUGCGCCGCGCCUGCACGAGCAGCGCGUGCGGGACAUCCAGAAACAGGUCCGGGAAUGGAAGGAACAGGGCAGUAAGACCUUCAUGUGCACGGGGCGCCCAGGCUGGCUCACUGUCUCGCUGCGAGUCGGAAAGUACAAGAAGACCCAUAAGAACAUCAUGAUCAACCUGAUGGACAUCCUGGAGGUGGACACCAAGAAACAGAUUGUUCGAGUGGAGCCCUUGGUGUCUAUGGGUCAGGUGACAGCUUUGCUGAACUCCAUUGGCUGGACCCUGCCUGUGUUGCCUGAGCUUGAUGACCUCACAGUGGGGGGCCUGAUCAUGGGCACAGGCAUCGAGUCAUCGUCCCACAAGUAUGGCCUGUUCCAACACAUUUGCACUGCCUACGAGCUGAUCCUGGCAGACGGCAGCUUUGUGCGCUGCACACCGUCUGAAAACUCAGACCUGUUCUAUGCCGUGCCCUGGUCCUGUGGGACCCUGGGCUUCCUGGUGGCUGCCGAGAUCCGGAUCAUCCCGGCCAAGAAGUAUGUCAAGCUGCGGUUUGAGCCUGUUCGGGGCCUGGAGGCCAUCUGUGAAAAAUUCACCCGCGAGUCCCAGCGGCUGGAGAACCACUUCGUGGAAGGGUUGCUGUACUCCCUGGAUGAGGCUGUCAUCAUGACAGGGGUCAUGACGGACGACGUAGAGCCCAGCAAGCUGAAUAGCAUUGGCAGUUACUACAAGCCCUGGUUCUUCAAGCAUGUGGAGAACUACCUGAAGACAAACCGGGAGGGCCUCGAAUACAUUCCCCUGAGACACUACUACCACCGACACACGCGCAGCAUCUUCUGGGAGCUCCAGGACAUCAUCCCUUUCGGCAACAACCCCAUCUUCCGCUACCUCUUCGGCUGGAUGGUGCCUCCCAAGAUCUCCCUCCUGAAGCUGACCCAGGGCGAGACGCUACGCAAGCUGUACGAGCAGCACCACGUGGUGCAGGACAUGCUGGUGCCCAUGAAGUGCAUGUCACAGGCCCUGCAUACCUUCCAAAAUGACAUCCACGUCUACCCCAUCUGGCUGUGCCCAUUCAUCCUGCCCAGCCAGCCAGGACUAGUGCAUCCCAAGGGAGAUGAAGCAGAGCUCUACGUGGACAUCGGGGCAUACGGGGAGCCACGUGUGAAGCACUUCGAGGCCAGGUCCUGCAUGAGGCAGCUGGAGAAGUUUGUGCGGAGUGUGCACGGGUUCCAAAUGUUAUACGCCGAUUGCUAUAUGAACCGCGAGGAAUUCUGGGAGAUGUUCGAUGGCUCCUUGUACCACAAGCUGCGCAAGCAGCUGGGCUGCCAGGACGCCUUCCCUGAGGUGUACGACAAGAUCUGCAAGGCGGCAAGGCACUGAGCAGGGCACCUGGGGAGCCAGCUGCAUGGACCUGCUCUCCCUCGCUCGCUCCGGCUUCUCUGCUUUCCCAGGUCUCAGAAAAGAAACCCCUCCACAUCCCCGAGGCAGCCCGAUGGCUUCCAGGGUGGCUCGGGCAAGUGGAAGCACGUGGAGUCAGACAGACCUAAGUCCCAGGCCCAGAUUAGCCACUCGUUAGCUGUGUGACUGACUCUGGGCUAGUCACCUGGCCCCUGUGUGCCCCGUGUUCAUCUGUGAAAGGAGGUAAAAAAAAAAAAAUAUCUACCUGCUGGAUGUCACCCCACACUAAGGGCUUCCACCACUGCUUCCAUGCAACCUCACGCCUGGCUCCUGCUUUGGAUCUAACAGCUGAGUCCAGACAGGCUCCCCACAGGUCACCCUUGCACGGGUUUGGCCAACACCAUGAAGGAGUUGCCUUGGAGUUUCACCUGCAUAGCUUGCAUCAGCCCCGAGAGGGCAAAGGAGGGUCAGCCUUCCACUUGGCCUCGGGGGUGGGGCAGGGGGCAUCUGAUUGGCAGGCAGGCCCAGGAUGUGCUGUGCCAAAGCCAGGUCUACUCCAAAGUCCUCUCUGCCAUCUUCGGACCAUCCUGGCCCUACUUCUGUGUGCUCGAGCUGCCCCAGCCAUCACUGAGCCCACUCAGGACUGCUCCUGGAAGACAUCUCAAGGUGGGAAGCCUGGCUUUCCUGGGCUUUGCUUUCUUAACUCCCACCAUCCAGGCCUCCUCUAGAGUCCACUGAGUCACAAUGGGGGCACAUGCUCAUGACUGUGUCACUUAGGGGCGGUCCCCACACUGAGUGAGAAAGGGGCAUCUGCCCUGUUGCUACUGUGAGGACCCUCCCUGGGGUUAGAAAGAAAGCAUCCAGGGUCACUCAUCUCCCCCUCCCCCAUUUUGUUCCCUCCCCCCCCCUCCCCCCCCCCCCCCCCCCGGCUCUAGUUAAUUUCAGUGCCUUACAAAUCCUAAGCUCAGAGAAAGUUAGCUCCAUUUCCGUUCCCAAGGGAGGGGCCUCUGAGGUCCUUCUGCCUUGUUGAUGAAGAGUGGUUGGUUGUAGAGCCCCCACCUUCAGAACUGCCUGGCCCAGCUGGAAACCCAGAGUCUGAGGGGGAAUCAGGUUCUGGAAGGCAAGCCAGAACUCCAGAGCUGAGCUGGUCACAGUCACUCCUCCCCCACCACCCCUGCCCCUCCAGAGGCUGCAGUUUUCUCGCCUGUCACUUGGAACAUUAGAGCUCCUGAAGCCUGUCUGUCUUAAGACGUUGGGAAAGCCUCGUGUUGAAAGCCGGGGGAGCUUAAAUGAUCCAGGUGGUAGCUAGGGACCGUCCAUCAGUGGUCCUUCCCUCCACCGCCACGCCAGCUCCUGGGUCGUUUUCAUUUAUCUGGCAGAGCCCAGGACCCUUAGAAUCAUAUUUUAGCUGAAGGAUGCUCACUGAUGCGGCCGAGGGCUUGGGAUACUGCACAGUGCUACUGUGUCCUGUGAAGGCUGGUGCACUCAGGGCUGUGGGAAGGCAGAAUCACCUCAUCCAUUUGGCCUGUGAAGGAAGUAACCUCACUUUGCUGUCUGAGCAGCAUGUAUUCCUGGCAUGGGCUCUCCUAGUGGUCCAUGUGCAUCCUUGCGCAUGUGCACUCGCUCGCAGACUGAUGACCCUGCUUGCUGCAGAUGAAUGGUCAACGCGAGCUAGGUUAGUUAGUGUGAUGUAUAAGGCGCCAUCAUUCCUCAAGUCAAGCCUCCAUCCCAAAGCACCUGGAGCUGUGGCAAUGAUGCCAGCAACCUGUGUCACCCAAAAUAGUCAAAAUCCAGCCCUCCACAGACACUCCCCAGGACCUGGGGAGGGAAGGGAUUUUGAGUCACAUUAGCCUCAGGUUAGUGUUUGGCUCCAGUAAUAUCUUGCCCGAAAAGUGGUCGUCUUCCAAGCAUGGUGUUCUGGGUCCCAGCCUUGUCUUAUCGCCUGUCCUGUCAGUGUCCAACCACACGGUGGCUUGGUGGGGUCACUCAGCUGCUAUGGGACAGCACAUGUGGGAAGUCAACGCAAGCCUCUCCCCUCCGUGGCUCUGGUUUCUUGGCUGCAUGGUUCUCUGUAAAUUCAGUUGUAGCCACUGUCUUUGGCUAGAAAGCUGAAUUGGCUGUUGCUGAAAGGAAGGAGGGGAUGGGUGUGGCGAUGUGUGCUGUGUGAUUUGUUGUUUUUUUUUUUUUAAUUUGGUCAUGGGGACCAAGGAGAAGGCAUGAAUCCCUGUAUUUGGCUCUUGCAGCCUCAGGCACUGUGCCUACUCUCCAGGUCAUGUCCCUGUGGUUCUGGGGCCACCACUUGUGUAAAAUAAAGUACAGCCUGGACGCUA